GUGAAGCAGAGCAAGUAGCGCGUGUUGCGUCUGCUGCAUUAACUAUUUGCGAGAAGGACGGCGGAUGCGUGGAGGAGGGCGCGAGCGCUUCGUUCGGCUGAUCUGAGGGAUCUGGCGACAGGAGUUUGCUCUCAGCAGAUCCACCACUGACUGCGUCAGCAGUGGCGUCCCAGCCCACCGAGGAUGAUGCACUAUGUGCGCGUUGCGUCGCUCACCUUGCGUCGGUGGUCUGUGAGGGGUGCCGUGGCCUUUGUCGGCCUGGGAGUGGCGCAGGGAUACUGGCUCAGGAAGACUUACAGAGGGUACGGUACACGCGCACGGUGAUUAAAACAUUGGCAGCUGGCAGGCAGGCAAACAAUCAGGCAGUCAUGCAUGUGUGUGUGUGUGUGUGUGUUUGUGAGUCAGGCUGCCGGCUCCCCUUGGUCCGACUGAGGGUCGCGAGACGUGGGAGUCGGAGCCCGUCCCCCCGCUCCCCGAGGUGCCAUCCGAUGCAGCCACCACCACCCCGUCCCCUUCCUCCCCGCCACCCGCCCCGCCACACCACUGGACGGCAUCCAUCAGCACCAAAAUCGACCAGGCACUGCACAGAUGGCAGUGGCGAGAGGGGACAUCAGCAUCAGCGCCCCACCACGAGCACGCUCAUGCGGUGGUUGGGCAGUGGCACAGGGCGGGGGGGCAUGCGCAUGAUGGGGCGGGUCGUGUUGGUGUUGGGGCGGGCAAGAAGAGGAUACUCUUUGUCGGCGACUCGCUCGUCACGGGGGUUGGCUGUGAACCUGAGAGGUACCUGAGCAAGGAAGGAGCUGAGGGAGGACAACUGCGCCGCGAUCGUGGUAGAUGGCUUCGUGUUUGUUGUUUGUCUCUGUGUGUGUGUGUGUGUGUGUUGGUUAUGCAGGCGUGAGGGUCCGAUGCUGCCUCGCGCGGUGAGUCGGUUUUUGGCUCACAGGUUGAAGACCGAGGUGGAGUGGAAGGCGCUCGGGUACAUCGGUGGAGACACCAAAGCGCUUCAUAGGGUAACCCGACGCAUCCUUCAUCCUUCCAAGCAGCGUCUCUGUAUGGCUCUCUCUCUCUCUCUGUGUGUGUGUGUGUGUAUGUGUGUGUGUGUGUGUGUCAGAAUCUGGUGCCCAAGAUCCAGGCUGAGGUGGCCCAGGAGAGGGUCGACAUAGUGGUGCUCAUCUGCGGCCUCAACGACUUCAAGAAAAUCAUCACCGACUUCAGGGGCGCCAAGGCUUUUCGCGACGACCUGGGCGACCUGGUGCGGGCGGUGCGCCAGACGGUGGGCGACGAGUGCGAGAUCUUCCUGCCCUUCCUGCCGGUGGAGUUCUGCGGCGCCUUCCGCGUCAAGCCGCUGUACUACUUCAUCAUGCUGCUGAUGGACCGCUGGGACUCACAGAAAAGGGCCGUGGCCGACUCCAACGACUACGGCAAGGUCGACGUGGUCGGAAAGCCGCCUGGGUGAGCUUAGCGACACACACACACCUCUUCACACACAGAGGGGUUGGUAAGGUGCCUGCCUGGGUCAUUGUUGCAUCGUGUUGGGUGUCUGUGUGUCUCUUUGUGCAGUUUCUUGGCUCACGUGCCCGGUUUGACGGCUCCCGACGGUGUGCACCCGUCCGACCUCGGCUAUCGCGCCUGGGGCGAGCACAUCGGCAAGUACCUCGCCGCCAAGCUCGAGCAAGCACGCGACCAUCUGCCCCAUCCCCACCACCCCCACCCCCCGCAACAAACGCCCCUGUCUGCACCCGCCACACAUCAUGAGACAUCGACGGCCGUCAUCGGAGAGCAUACACCCGGUGCACCAGAGAGAUCGGCACCGAGUGACCAUGACCAGCCUGCUCCUGUGCCCGCGAAGAGCAGAGGCCAGACCGACGGGCCGAGGGAGCCUGUGGCGGUCAACGAGAAGGCGGCGAGGCUGCUGUCUCUGUUUGAUGGGCGGGGAGGGCCGCUGUCGCCCUCGCUGGUGCGGAGCCAGCAGCCGCAGCGGAUAACGGAGGGCGGUGGUGGUGCGAGGGCCAGGCUGGCUGGUGGUGCUGGAGGAGAUGAGGGGGUUGAGGGAGAGGGAGAGGAGGGGGGAGAUAGGAGGGGCGUGUAUGUGGAUAGGGAGGCCAUUGUCAAGUGAGAGUGAGAGCGAGGGGCGCCGAUCAAUGAAGAGAGAGAGAGAUGAGAGGUGUAAUGGAGGAGCCCUUUGGGCCUUUUGUCUUUCGUACCCUGUUGCUGGUGUUUCGGCGGGGGAUUCAGCUUCCGGUCGGCGACGUCCGCUGCGUUGUGUGUGACAUCACAACGAAGCAGACGUCGCCGAGGAGGGGCUCAAUCCAUCGCCGAUGUGCCGCAACCAUCGCACUGAUUCGACGACAGCUGGAUGAUACGGAUGCGUCAGUGAAAUGGAUGGAUGGACGGAAAGAGGCAGUGCAGUGCGCGUGGGGUGGUG